AUGGGUGAUAGAAUUAAAAUUUUAACAGGUAAUGCUCAUCGUGAAUUAGCAUCAGAAAUUUCAGAUGAUUUAAAUCUUGCAUUAGGUAAAGCUCAUGUUGGCAAGUUUUCAAAUGGUGAAACUAGUGUUAUGAUUAGCGAAUCAAUUCGUGAUAUGGAUGUCUAUAUCAUUCAACCAACUUGCAAUCCAAAUGUAAACGAUAAUUUAAUGGAAUUAUUAAUUAUGGCUGAUGCCAUCAGAAGAGCUUCAGCUCACAGAAUUACUGCAGUUAUUCCAUGUUUUGGUUAUGCUCGUCAAGAUAAAAAAGAUAAAUCAAGAGCCCCAAUUACUGGUAAAUUAGUUGCAAAUCUUAUCGAAACAGCAGGUAUUGAUAGAGUUAUUACUAUGGAUUUACACGCAAGCCAAAUUCAAGGUUUCUUCAAUAUCCCAGUAGAUAAUUUAUAUGCCGAACCACAAAUUAUUAAAUAUAUUAGAAAGAAUAUUCCAGGUGAAAAGGUUAUUGUUUCACCAGAUGCUGGUGGUGUCAAACGUGCCAAAUCAAUCUCUGAUAAACUUGAUGCCGAUCUUGCCAUUAUCCACAAAGAACGUAAGAAGGCCAAUGAAGUUUCAGGUAUGAUUUUAGUUGGUGAUGUUAAAGAUAAAGUUGCUUUAAUCGUUGACGAUAUGGCAGAUACUUGUGGAACUCUUGUUUCUGCAUGUGAAAUGCUCAUUAGCAAAGGUGCCACUAAAGUCUAUGCUUUAGUUACCCAUGGUGUUCUCAGUGGUGAUGCCAUUAAAAAACUUAACGAAUCUUCACUUACCGAAUUAGUUAUCACCAAUACCAUCCCACAUGCUGAAAAAGCUGCCCAAUGUCCAAAAAUUAAAACCAUCAACAUCGCUCAUACUCUUUCUGAAGCCAUUAGAAGAACUCACCAUGGUGAAUCUAUUUCAUCAUUAUUCUCUGAUGCAAACAAAUAAGGGAAAUCAAAUCAUUUUCUAUAUAUAUAAAAUAUAAAUAUAACAAAUAAUAUACUUUAAUAAUAAUAAUAAUAAUAAUAAUACAUUAUAACAAUAAUAAUAAUAAUAAUAACAAUAAUAAUAUACUUUUUUUUUUCUUUAUUUCUUUCUUUUUUUUUUUUAUUUUUAUUUUAUACACAAUAAUUUUAAAAAUAAUAAUAGUAGCAAUAAUAACAAUAUCCAUUUAAAAAAAUUUUCAAUUAUAUAAUUAAUUAUAUAUAUUUUUCU